UUCCCAUAGUGCCUCGCGAGUGGCGGGCGUGUUAAUAAACUCAGGAGGUUCGCAAGGGUGCUGGGGUUGUCAUUGUUGGGGUUGUUUUAUCGUGCCCGGAGACUUUACGAGAUUGGAGCCGGGUCGCUGAGUUGUCCGCAGGUGCGAUGGCGCUUCUCCGGGGUGUGUGGGGCGUGCUGAGUGCCCUGGGCAAGUCCGGCGCGGAGCUGUGCUCGAGCUGUGGAAGUCGACUGCGCUUUCCCCUCAGUUUUGUGUGUGUACCGAGAUGGUUUUCAUCCACCUUGGGUAGUUACCCAAAGAAGCCUUUGAGUUCAUACCUUCGAUUUUCUACAGAACAACUACCCAUAUUUAAAGCUCAGAACCCAGAUGCGAAAAAUUCAGAACUAAUUAAAAAAAUCGCCCAGCUAUGGAGGGAUCUUCCUGAUUCAGAGAAAAAAGUAUAUGAAGAUGCUUACAGGGCAGACUGGCAGGCAUACAAAGAAGAGGUAAACAGAAUUCAAGAACAGCUAACUCCAAGUCAGAUUGUAUCUAUGGAAAAAGAAAUCAUGCAAAAACGUUUAAAAAGGAAAGCAUUAAUAAAAAAGAGAGAAUUAACAAUGCUUGGAAAACCGAAAAGACCUCGCACAGCUUAUAACAUUUUUAUAUCUGAAAGUUUCCAGGAAGCUAAGGAUGCUUCUUCACAGGCAAAGAUGAAGACUGUAAAUGAAAACUGGAAAAAUCUGUCUAGUUCUCAAAAGCAAGUAUAUAUUCAACUUGCUAAAGAUGAUAAAAUUCGUUAUGAUAAUGAAAUGAAAUUGUGGGAAGCGCAAAUGAUUGAAGUUGGAAGAAAUGAUCUUAUACGUCGCAAGAUGAAGCAGCGAACAAAAGAUGGCACUGGGAAUGUUAAAAUAUAAGAUUGAGUUAUGUUCAUCACGGAUAGGCUCAAGAAACCAAUUAAGUCUCAAUACUUGAAGCUGUUGUAAAAUUAGAAAGGAUAAAGUUGGCAAACAUUUUAUAUUCCUUUUUCUUUAAGCUCAUGGACUUUUGCUGAUGUAAUACAUCUUGUAUUAGUACCUUGUUUUGGAAAACCCAAACAAAUAAGUUCAUGCUAAAUUUAUUUUGUGUUUAGAAACUACUGAGGGUCACAAUAAUCCAUGCAAAUGCAGCAGUGAAUUGUUUACCUUUAUCAAGGUAUAUCAGACUGUGAACUUUUUUUUAUACUGGAUGAUGGCUAUGGCAAGAUUUGUCUUGCUUCAUUAUGUUAGGGAAGCAGGAGUUUGCUUUCAAAAAAACUGUCCUCAGUUAUAGAAGCCACAGUGUUUAUAAUGUAAUUGUGUAUUAAAAAAAAAAAAAAGCCAGAACCCAUCUAGGAAAAUUCUAAUUAUAAUUCAUGUUAUAUUCAGAGUUGAUGACUGUACAUGCAGGUGAUCUUUGGUCUCAGUUGCAACUUUUAUAAAAGGGAGUGAGAAAUUAAUUAUAAACUUUUUCUUCAUUGGUUUUUUCCUAAGUAAAACCUAAUUAUAUACCAAAUCUAUGCAUAUUAUUUUAUAUACAUAAAUAAAAUUAUGCAUAGAAUAAAAAUUUUAAUCUUUGUUUAAUUUUACAUGUCUCCAAAUUAUGUUUUAAAGUGAAACAUUUGUUUUACAGGUUCGUUCUUUUUUUUAACUAGGGAAUUUUUUUUUCUUUUUUUUCUCUCAUGUGAUUAUAUUUAUCCAUAGAGAGUAUGUCUGGUAUAAGUUUUAAAAUAAGAGAUUUAGAAAACAAAAAUCUCCAAAGUCUCUAGACCUUGAAGCUGUAAUUUCUAAACAUCUUGCAUAACAUAUAAAGGCCUGUAUAAGUGGAUGACCAAGUAUGGCCCAUGGACCAGAUGUCUGUGGGACAAAUGCAGCCCACUGCCUGCUUGUCAUGGCCUGUGAACUAAUAACUGGUGGCAUUUUUAAAUGGUUAAAAAAAGACUAUUUCAUGAUACAUGAAAAUUAAUAUGAAACUCAAAUUUCAGUGUCCAUAAAUAAAUACAGUUUUAUUAGAACACAGCCAUGUUCAUUCUUAUUGCCUAUGGCUGCUUUUGUGUUAUAACAACAGAGGUGCAUAGUUGCUAGAGAGACUUUGUAGCCCAUAGAGCCUAAAGUUUUUCUAUCUGGCUCUUUUACCUAAAACAUUUGCCAACCCAUGGUUUAUUGUAUGCUGUAAUGUGACUGAUGUGCCAUGUGUCGAUAUGUUGAGAAAUUUUUUCCAACUCUUUGAGAAGUUCUUUUUUUGGAAUCGUUGUCACUCUUUUCCUAAAAGGCAAAAGAUCAAGUCACUAAGCUAAACAAACUGGCUCCUUAGUAUUAGCAAGGAAAAUAAUCUUUAGUUUUAAGUUAUGUUGAUCUAUGUAGUGUGGAAUGAGAUUCUUUCAAAUUGUCUGCUAUGGCGCGGUCAAAUGUAUCUUAAGAAUUUUCCUGCUAGCACAUAUCACAAAAACCUUACUGUCUUUAGCAUUUGUUUAUCCUUUUAGAAGAGUCAGGUAGCGGUUUUCAAAAUUCAUGCCAUCUUUUUGAGCAGAGUAAUUAAUCUGUCAUCACAGGGAUAGGAUAACUCAAUGUGUAUGCAUUUGGUAUGUUAUGCAAAAUAUCUAGAAAUUGUAGAUUCUAGACCUUUAGAAACACUUGGAAGAUUUUUGUUGAUUGUGGAUAGAAAAGAAAAAAGUGGCAAAAGAUGACUUGUUAUACACUGAACUUGACAAAGGUAGUGACUGAAGAGAAAAAUUUAGCUUAAGUGGAAACAUAAGAUUAAAAUAUAUGAAGUUCAAUAUUUUCAAACAUCUUUGAAUAUAGGACAAAGUCUGCAAUUUGUAAAAUAGGUACCAUGGGUCUGAGGCCAGAGUAGUUGGAACUGAGUGGGAGAUGUGCUAGUGUCUGUCAUAGUUUUUCUCAAUUGGGUUUCCAGGAGAGAAUCCCUGGUUUCCUAUGGCUUCCAUUGUUUGUAAUGAAUUGACUUCUCUUCUGUGCAUCUAGAAUGCUUCUAAUUAUGUACCAUUCCCAGGAGAGUGAAAAUCAUCACUCAAAUCAUUUGCUGGGUUGUGUGCUUCAGAUGAACCCAGGGAGAAUAUAGGAGUCAGCAACUGUAAUGAAUAUUGCUGAUUGAGUGAGGUAGAGAAAUGAGUUCUAUAAACUCCUACAGGACAAAUGUGGUAUAAAAUUUCUGCUCUGAGGUUUUUUUAGAAUUUAACCACUUAACACAUUCAAAUCAGUCUUCUCAAAUACAUUGGCAAGUUCAGCAUCCAGAAAGUUCUAAAGUAUUUACAGAUAAAUAUAGGGAAAAAAAGAUAUGUAAAACAGAAGAGCCAGAGCAAAACCAUCCUAUGAUAAUAAUCAGAUUUUAUUUGGUUUUCUUUGUUCCUGAAAGAAUAUCAUUUUUAAUACGUUAAAGAAUAGGAUAAUCUAAUUCUAAAUCUUAAUAACUUCAGUACAUGUGAAAGACUGGCAUUGCCAUAUACCAAGUGCCAUCUGGUUGUAACAAUAUACAUAAAUUGUUAAAAGAAUAAUAGCACCAAUAACCAGUGGCCUUUCAUAUGAAGCUUUUUUAGACUUAAAUAGACCCAAGAAAGUAGUUGCUGUAGGAGCUAAAUGAGGGUGUUAGUGGGGAAGAUGCUGAGGAAAUGAAAGAAAACGGUUGAUGAGGUUAUGGUAAGUUCUGAGCAGACACGUUUAUCUUUUUGUUCAUUGGAGUGGCAAUGGUUUUUUUUUUCUGAAAUAAUUUGUUGGGAAGGGAGAGAGGAUUAUGUGUUUAUUUUGAUGUUUACUUAAAGGAUACUGUAUAUAAAUUUAGACUACUGUAAUCAUGUAACUUUGCAGUUGCUUUUGGCAAACUCCUUUUUUAUAAAUGCCAUUUUUUACAAGGUCGGUGUUUUUUUUUCUGUUUGCUCUGAAUGUGUAUAUUUAGAUUUCUCAAUUUCAAAAUUAAUUACUGUACUAUAUGUGGAUUUCAAGUAACUAGAAAAUUCUGUUGGUUUUGCUGACAUUUACUGUACCUAAAAUUUGUCUUCACCAGAGUGUGCUGAAGCAGCAGAAGGAAGUUUUUAUGUGCUUAGGUUAUACUAUUGAUUAGUUUCUCUUAAUUUUACCCAUCUUUACUAUAAGAAUAUUCUCUCCCUUUCAUCCCCUCACAGCUACUCUCCCUCCUUCUCUUCACAGCACAAAGCUAUCACAGACAAAUUUGGAAAUGUUAUUAGCACAGACUGUGUGUUUUGAAAUUUUAAAGCAAUAAUAUGUCUUUUUCAAUUGAACCUCUGGGAAGAAAAGAAAAUGAACUUAGUUACUACUUUGAAUUUGUAAAACUAUACAAAGCAAGUAUCAGUAUCAUUAGUCUACAUUGUUCACAAAUAAAAUACUUACAGUAAUUGAUUAAAUCACUUUUUAUAAAAUUGAUUAAAUCACUUUUUAUAAAAUUGAUUAUAUUUAAUGGAAAAUUUAUAAAAUACAACACCAUUCUGUAGUUCAUUUAAAAAAUAUUAGCUAAAGACCUAAAUAUCUAAAAUUGACCCUAAACAAGAAUUUUAAGUAAGCUAAAUAUUUUUAGAAAUCACCGUUACAUAAUUGUCUCUGAUUUAUACAUGUGAUGUACAAGAAAAUAUUUGAUUUAUCAUUUUAUACCUGUACUAAACUUAUUUAAAAUGCAGCUCAUUUUGUCUUUUUUCUCCCCCUAGUCAUACUUAAGAUGGGAGGAAUGGAAGGCAGUACAUAAUUUUGACAGUGACAUUUUACGGUGUUGUUAGGUGCCUUAUAGUCGGUUCUGACUCGUAGCGACCUUACAUGCAACAGAACAAAACACUGCCCAGUCCUGCACCAUCCUCACAGUCUUUCAAUGUUGCAGCCACUGUGUCAGUUCAUCUUGUUGAGAGUCUUCCUCCUUUUGCUGACCGUCUCCUUUACCAAGCAUAAUGUCAUUCUUCAGGGACUGGCCCCUCCUGAUAACAUGUCCAAAGUAUGUGAGAUGAAGUCUCACCAUCUGUGUUUCUGAAGGAGCAUUUUGGCUGUACUUCUUCCAGGACAGAUUUGUUUAUUCUUAUGGCAGUCCACGGUAAUGUAUAUUCAGUAUUACCCAACACCAUAAUUCAAAGAAGUCAAUUCUUUGGUCUUCCUUAUUCAUCGUCUAGCUUUCACAUGCAUAUGAGGUGAUUGAAAAUACCAUGGCUUGGGUCAGGUGCACCUUAGCCCUUAAAGUGACAUCCUUGCUUUUCAACACUUUAAAGAGGUCUUUGCAGCAGAUUUGCCCAGUGCAGUGUGUCGUUUGGUUUCUUGACUGCUGCUUCCAUGGAUGUUGGUUGUAGAUCCAAGUAAAAUGAAAACCUUGACAACUUCAAUCGUUUCUCCAUUUACCAUGAUGUUGAUUAUUGGUCCAGUUGUUGAGGAUUUUUGUGUUCUUUAUCUUGAGGCACAGUCCAUACUGAAGCUUGUAGUCUCUCAUAUUCAUCAGUAAGUGCUUCGAGUCCUCUUCACUUUCAGCAAACAGGGUUGUGUCAUCUGCAUAACGUAGGUUAAUGAGUCUUCCUCCAAUCCUGAUGCCUAGUUCUUCCUGUAGUCUAGCUUCUUGGAUUAUUUGCUCAACAUAUAGAUUGAAUAAGUAUGCUAACUGCACAUUAAAAAAGAGAGCUUUGUUUAUACUAAUUACUAAGGUUUUAACUGGAAAUUUGGUGCAUUGAAUGUUGGGUACGUUAAGUGAUGGGAGGUGAGGUCCAAAUUUAUUAAUCACUGAGGAAUUGUUGAAACAUUACGACCUUCCUUCUACUCAAUUCUGAAUGUUUUUCCCCCAUUCACAGCCAGAACUGGUGAGCUACACCUUCCUACCCCCACAGCGUGAUGGAAGCUCUACUCUGGUUGGUUGAGAAGAAGGCUUUCUCUCCCCAGAUCCCAUUGUAGGGCUGUGGUUUCUCCCUGGGCAAGGCAGGUGAUCAGCCUCUCAUAUAUCAUGCCUCUAGCUCCAUGUUGUUGUUGACCAGACCAUAAAAAUAGCUCCUUAGUUCGCCCUAAGAAGAUUGACUUUAGUUGCAAGAAAUUGUUGGAAAAUUCAAGCCUAGUACACUGAUGAAAUAAUGGAGAUCUUUGUGAUGGUGUUAGCUGUGGGUAGUUCACAGGUGCCCUUAAUCGGGCUGAGAAACUUCCCUUCUAUUUCAGUUCAUUGAGUGCAUCUAUCACCUAUCACGAAAGUGUGUUGUUUCUUGUAAAUUCUUUUUUUUUACAUCUAGGUGAUCAUGUGGUUUUUGUCCUUUAUUCUGUUGUUAAUGUGCUGUUACAAUUUAUUUUUAGAUAUUAAAUAAUCCUUGAAUUUCUGGGAUAAAUUCCACUUAAUAAUGGUUUAUUUUUUUAUGUUGCUGGAUUCAGUUUGCAGUUUCUGAGGAUUAUUGCAUUGAUAUCAUAAAUUUAUUCAUCUGUAGGUAUCUUGUUUUGUAAUGUCUUUGCUUUUGGUAUCAGGGUAAUACUGCCUCAGACUGAGUUGGGAAGUGCUUUCUCUUUUGUUUAUUAGAAGAGUUUGUGAAAGAUUGAUGUUAAUUCUUCUUUAAAUGUUUGGUAGAAUUAAGUUUUAAAAUUAUUAAUUCAGUCUCUUGUUAUACCUCUUUUUAGAUAUUCUGUAUCUUCUUGAGUCUGUUUUAGUAGUUUGUGUCUUUCUAGCAAUUUGCCUGUCUUAUCUAAACUUAUCUGAACUGUCCCACCACGUGUCUGUCAGUUUGUCGUACUGUGGGGGCUUGUGUGUUGCUGUGAUGCUGGAAGCUAUGCCACCAGUAUUCAGACACCAACAGGGUCACCCAUGGAGGACAGGUUUCAAACGAGCUUCCAGACUAAGACAGACUAGGAAGAAGGACCUGGCAGUCUACUUCUGAAAAGCAUUAGCCAGUGAAAACCUUAUGAGUAGCAGCGGAACAUUGUCUGAUAUAGUGCUGGAAGAUGAGACCCCCAGGUUGGGAGGCACUCAAAAGAUGACUGGGGAAGAGCUGCCUCCUCAAAGUAGAGUCGACCUUAAAGACGUGGAUGAAGUAAAGCUUUUGGGACCUUCAUUUGCUGAUGUGGCACUACUCAGAAUGAGAAGAAACAGCUGCAAACAUCCAUUAAUAAUUGGAACCUGGAAUGUACGAAGCAUGAAUCUAGGAAAAUUGGAAAUCGUCAAAAGUGAAAUGGAAAGCAUAAACAUCGAUAACUUAGGCAUUAGUGAGCUGAAAUGGACUAGUAUUGGCCAUUUUGAAUCAGACAAUCAUAUAGUCUACUAUGCUGGGAAUGACAACUCGAAGAGGAAUGGUGUUGCAUUCAUCGUCAAAAAGAAGGUUUUAAGAUCUAUCCUGAAGUACAACGCUGUCAGUGAUAGGAUAAUAUCCAUACGCCUACAAGGAAGACCAGUUAAUACAACUAUUAUUCAAAUUUAUGCACCAACCACUAAGGCCAAAGAUGAGAAAUUCGAGAUUUUUAUCAGCAGCUGCAGUCUGAAAUUGAUCGAACGUGCAAUCAAGAUGCAUUGAUGAUUACUGGUGAUUGGAAUGCAAAAGUUGGAAACGAAGAAGGAUCAGUAGUUGGAAACUAUGGCCUUGGUGAUAGAAACAAUGCUGGAGAUCGAAUGAUAGAAUUUUGCAAGACCAAUGACUUCUUCAUUGCAAAUACCUUCUUUCACCAACAUAAAUGGCGACUCUACACAUGGACCUCACCGGAUGGAACACACAGAAAUCAAACUGACUACAUCUGUGGAAAGAGACAAUGGAAAAGCUUAAUAUCAUCAGUCAGAGCAAGGCCAGGGGCCGACUGUGGAACAGACUAUCAAUUGCUCAUAUGCAAGUUCAAGUUGAAACUGAAGAAAAUCAGAGCAAGCCCACGAGAGCUAAAAUAUGACCAUGAGUAUAUCCCACCUGAAUUUAGAGACCAUCUGAAGAAUAGAUUUGACCCAUUGAACACUAGUGACCGCAGACCAACAAGUUGUGGAAUGACAUCAAGGACAUCAUCCACGAAGAAAGCAAGAGGUCACUGAAAAGACAGGAAAGAAAGAAAAGACCAAGAUGGAUGUCAGAGGAGACUCUGAAACUUGCUGUUGAGUGUCGAGCAGCUAAAGCAAAAGGAAGAAUUGAUGAAGUAAAAGAACUGAACAGAAGAUUUCAAAGGGCCUUGCGAGAAGACAAAGUAAAGUAUUAUAAUGACGUGCAAAGAGUUUGAGAUGGAAAACGAAAAAGGAAGAACACGCUCGGCAUUUCUCAAGCUGAAAGAACUGAAGAAAAAAUUCAAGCGUCAAGUUGCAAUAGUGAAGGAUUCCAUGGGAAAAAUAUUAAACGAUGUAGGAAGCAUCAAAAGAAGAUGGAAGGAAUACACAGAGUCAUUAUUCCAAAAAGAAUUAGUCGAUAUUCAACCAUUUCAAGAGGUGGCAUAUGAUCAGGAACCUAUGGUACUGAAGGGAGAAGUCCAAGCUGCUCUGAAGGCAUUGGCAAAAAACAAGGCUCCGGGAAUUGAUGGAAUAUCGAUUGAGAUGUUUCAACAAACAGAUGCAGUGCUGGAGGUGCUCACUUGUCUAUGCCAAGAAAUAUGGAAGACAGCUUGCUGGCCAACUGACUGAAAGAGAUCCUUAUUUAUGUCUAUUCCCAAGAAAGGUGAUCCAACCGAAUGUGGAAAUUAUAGAACAAUACCAUUAAUAUCACACGCAAGCAAAAUUCUGCUGAAGAUCAUUCAAAAAUGGCUGCAGCAGUAUAUCGACAGGGAACUGCCAGAAAUUCAGGCCAGUUUCAGAAGAGGACAUGGAACCAGGGAUAUCAUUGCUGAUGUCAGAUGGAUCCUGGCUGAAAGCAGAGAAUACCAGAAGGAUGUUUACCUGUGUUUUAUUGAUUAUGCAAAGGCAUUUGACUGUGUGGAUCAUAACAAACUAUGGAAAGCACUGCAAAGAAUGGGAAUUCCAGAACACUUAAUUGUUCUCAUGAGGAACCUUUAUAUAAAUCAAGAGGCAGUUGUUCGGACAGAACAAGGGGAUACUGAUUGGUUUAAAGUCAGGAAAUGUGUGCGUCAGGGUUGUAUUCUUUCACCAUACCUAUUUAAUCUGUAUGCUGAACAAAUAAUCCGAGAAGCUGGACUAUAUGAAGAAGAAUGGGAUAUCAAGAUUGGAGGAAGACUUAUUAACAACCUGCGUUAUGCAGAUGACACAACCUUGCUUGCUGAAAGUGAAGAGGACUUAAAGCACUUACUAAUGGAGAUCAAAGACCACAGCCUUCAAUAUGGAUUACACCUCAACAUAAAACAAAAAUCCUCAGAACCAGACCAGUGAGCAACAUCAUGAUAGAGAAAAGAUUGAAGUUGUGAAGGAUUUCAUUUUACUUGAAUCCACAAUCAACAGCCACGGAAGCAGCAGUCAAGAAAUCAAAAGACACAUUGCAUUGGGCAAAUCUGCUGCAAAGGACCUCUUCAAAGUGUUGAAGAGCAAGGAUGUCACCCUGAAGACUAAGGUGCACCUGACCCAAGCCAUGGUAUUUUCAAUCCCAUCAUAUGCAUGUGAAAGCUGGACAAUGAAUAAGGAAGACCGGAGAAGAGUUGACGUCUUUGAAUUGUGGUGUUGGCGAAGAAUAUUGAAUAUAUACCAUGGACUGCCAAAAGAACAAACAAAUCUGUCUUGGAAGAAAUGUGGCCAGAAUGCUCCUUAGAGGCAAGGAUGGUGAGACUGCGUCUUACAUACUUUGGACAUGUUGUCAGGAGGGAUCAGUCCCUGGAGAAAGACAUCAUGCUUGGCAGAGUACAGGGUCAGCGGAAAAGAGGAAGACCCUCAACAAGGUGGAUGGACACAGUGGCUGCAACGAUGAGCUCAAGCAUAACAACGAUUUUAAGGAUGGCGCAGGACCAGGCAGUGUUUCGUUCUGUUGUGCAGAGGGUUGCUAUGAGUCGGAACUGACUCGACGGCACCUAACAACAACAACAACAUCUAAACUCUCUAGUUUGUUGGUUGAUAGUGAUUGCCCUGUCUUUGAGUUCUGAUUCUACUAAUUCGAAUCUUUUUUUCUUGGUCAGUAUUAAUGGGGACAGACAGGUGAGACAUCAGUAAUGUGAGUGUGGAUAUAGGACCUAAGAUGUCAGUAUAGGCAGACGCUGGGUUGUAGUAUCCAUAAUCGGGUGUUCAGUUAGAAGUAAGUGUGCAGGAUUGAAUUGGAACCAGAUCAUAUUCCGGAACCAGGAGAGCAGAAUGAAGAAUUACAUCUGCCUGGAGUCUGAGAUUCAUCAAAACCAGUUUUUAAUCAAACUGAAGUUUGAGUAAGAAUCAUCUGCAAAACAUGUAAAAUGUAAAUCCCUGUGUGUCUCUCAGUAAGUCAAAAAGAACCCCAAGUGAUUCUGUUGCAAAUGGAAUAUUGACCACAAUUUGAAAAACACUGAUGUGUAACCAUCAAAAAGACCAAUUUAAUGAUCAACCAGCGAGCUCCUACCCCUCUGUUAAAUCUAGGAUAGGUCUUCAUGUAAGAACUGAGUGAGGUUAUCUGCUAGGAGUAGAACCAUACCAAGUCUCUGGGGAGUCUUGUCAUCCUCUAAAUCAGUGGUUCUCAACCUGGGAGUGGGGCGAGGUGGGCAGUUUUGCCCCUCAUGGCAUUUGGCAUUUGUCUUGAAACAUUUUUAAUUGUUACUACUGGGGGAUGCUACUGGCAUGUAGUGAUAGUGGCAUCUUUCUCAAGGAUGCUAUUAAACAUAAUACAAUAUGCAGGGUAGUCCCUACAACAAAGAAUUAUCCAGUCCAAAAUGUUGACCUUGCUGCUGUUGAGAAAACCUGCCCUAAGUCCUGUACUAACAUACAAUCUGAGAAUAAACAGAAGAGUAAUUGUUAGCAAUAUUCAAGAGACAUAGUUAAGGUAGUUCUAACUCAGUCUCUUUGGAGCUGCUACCAUUAGCAAUAUCCACAGCACCACCCAAAGAAAUACUAAAGUAUAUGGGGAGAAAAGAAUUAAGGGGAGGGCAUACAGUUGAGACAGCACAAUCCCAGGAGCUCCUCUGAAGUCUUUUCCAUGAAGACUAAUCCAUAAAGGCAGCUAUUUGCAUGGUUUUAGAGGUCCUUGUAGAAAGUGACCAGUAGGUCACAUUUUACAAAGUACUUGCACAUUUCUUAGCUUAUCCUUUGUCUUGGGAGAUAAACAGGCUGCAUUGUUUCCUGUGGCUGCUGUAAUAAAAUACCACAAACUUGGCAAUUUAAGAUGACAGAAGUUCUCUCAAUUCUGGAGCUAGAAGUUCAAAGUUAAGAUGCCUUCAGAGCCACACUCCCUGCAGAGGCACUAGAGGAGAAUAGUUUCUUGCCUUUUCCAGCUUCUGCAGCACUCCUUGGCUUGUGGUCACAUCUCUUUGCUCCACCUUUACGUCCCCUUCUCUCCGUAUGUGUCUCAAAACUUCCUCUGCCUUGAUUGCAUGUAGGCCCAAGGAUAACGCAGGAUAAACUACUCCACUUCAGAUCCUUAAUCACAUCUUUUGUCAUGUAAGGUAAUACUCUUUUGCCAUAUUGGGUAAUAUUCACAGGCCCUGGGGAUUAGGACAGGAACAUAUCCUACUGGGGACCAUCAUUCAGCUCAAUACAACAGGGCAACUCCUAUUUUACAGACUACUAUUUGUUAGGUCACAUGGUUAGUAAAUUGUGAAAUUUAGCUUAGAACUCAAAUCCUAGUUCCCUCUUUCAUCACUAAACUGAAUCAAAAGAAACAAGAAUGAAAAAAAAGGUAAGGCACCAAUAGAGAAUGAAGAAGAAACAAGGAAGCAGAAAAAUAAAAAUGUAGAUUUUAGACAGUAAGCAAAAAGAACUGUUGCUGUAAAAAAAGACCAACAUGAGCCCAGGGAAAAUUGCCAGUUAAUAAAUAAUUGAAUUACUCUCAUCUGUGGAUUUUAUUUGUCACCACACCUCCUGUGUGGUUUGGUGUUCCCGGCCUGGAACUACCUACAGCGGAGGUAAUUUCAUUUACUUAUAACAGCUGGCACGAUGUCUUGCAGAUAACAGCACUUCAGCAUUGGAAGUACGCAUCAGCAUACAUGUUUGUGCUAUAGUAGAUAUUCUAUAUCUAUAAGGCCUUGUUGAUUUGGUAUUUUUAUAAACCUUGCAGGUAGUUAAUUGCCAGAAGACUAACACUCCAAGAAAAUGGUAAACAACGCAGCUUUCAUUUUUUCUAGUCCUUGUCUAACACUCCACUGACAGAGACCACUAUCUUCUGGGAGCUUUAUAGAACAUUUUUAUUCUCGCCUACCCCAGACCAAUUAAAAUCAAUCUCUAAGCAUCCUCAAAUUUUUCUACUUUUCAAAUCCACAGUUUAAAAUUGAUAUGUAAAAUUUCAUAACUUUGAAAGAGUUGUAAAGGAUUAAAUUUCUAGUGUAUUGUAAAUAUUGACAUUUGAAAAGAAGUCACAUUCUUUAAAUGUAUCUCAUGGACUUUAAAUACUGUAGUGUAACAAACUAACAUUUGGAAAUUUGGAAAAUUUCUCAUUCUUUUCUAUUCCACUCCCUUCAUAGAAUUUUCUCCUAAUGUAAUACAUGCUUGAAGACCUUUUAUUUAUCACCUUAUCAUAAUUCCCUGGUUCAACAUUAUGUAUAUAAAUUGAGACUGAACUUUUAAAAUGCCCUGUGACCAUAUGCUUUAAGUAUUUAAAAUUUCUGGAUUGUAUGAUCAUUGUAAUUGCUAUUAGAAUACAAUUGAUCAAAACAACUUUAAGAUAUUCGGGGGGACAAAAAACAAAUUUCCAUCAAUGGAUGAAAGAAUGAACUAAAUACGUGUAUUCAUUUCAUACAAUGGAAGGCUCAAUGAAAGUAAAUGAACUAUUUAUCUUAGUAUAGAUGAAUCUCAAAAGCAUCCUGUUGAGUGAAAGAUAUAAAAGGCACAACACAUUGUAUGUACUAUACCCACCAUGUGUCUGUCAAUUUGUCAUACUGUGGUAGCUUGUGUGUUGCUGUUGUAGCAUGACUCAAAAUGAAAAGAAACAGCUGCAAACAUCCAUUAAUAAUUGGAACAUGGAAUGUACAAAGUAUGAACCUAGGAAAGUUGGAAGUUGUCAAAAAUGAAAUGGAAUGCAUGAACAUCGAUAUCCUAGGCAUUAAUGAGCUGAACUGGACUGGUAUGGGCCAUUUUGAAUCAGAUAAUCAUAUGGUCUACUAUGCUGGGAAUGACAUAUUGAUGAGGAGUGGCAUUGUGUUCAUCAUCAAAAAACAUUUCAAGAUCUAUCUUGAAGUACAAUGCUGUCAUUGAUAGGAUAAUAUCCAAACAUCUACAAGGAAGACCAGUUAAUAUAACUAUUACUCAAAUUUACGCACCAAAUACUAAGGCCAAAGAUGAAGAAAUUGAGUGUUUUUUACAAACUUAUGGAGUCUGAAAUGGGUCAAACAUGCAAUCAAGAUGCAUUGGUAAUUACUGGCAAUUGGAAUGCAAAAGUUGGAAACAAGAAGGGUUUGUAGUUGGAAAAUAAGGCUUUGGUGAUAAAAAUGAUGCUGGAGAUUGCAUGACAGAAUUUUGCAAGACGAACAAUUUCUUCAUUGCCACUGCCUUUUUUCAGCAACAUAAACGGUAUCUGUACAUGUGAACCUCACCAGAAGGAAUACACGGGAAUCAAAUUGACUACAUCUGUGGAAAGAGAAAAUGGAAAAUCUCAACAUCAUCAGUCAGAACAAGGCUAGGAGCAAGCUGUGGAACAGACCAUCCAUUGCUCAUAUCAAGUUGAAGCUGAAGAAAAUUAGAACAAGUCCAUGAGAGCCAAAGUAUGACCUUGAGUUUAUCCCACUGAAUUUAGAGACCAUCUCAAGAAUAGAUUUGAUGCAUUGAACAUUCAUGACCAAAGACCAGACGAGUUGUGGGAUGACAUCAAGGACAUCACACAUGAAGAAAGCAAGAGGUCAUUAAAAAGAUAGGAAAGAAAGAAAAGACCAAAAUGGAUGUCAGAAAAGACUCUAAAACUUGCUCUUGAACAUCGAGUAACUAAAGCAAAAGAAGAAAUGAUGAAGUAAAAGAGCCGAACAGAAGAUUUCAAAGGGCAGCCUGAGAAGACAAAGUAUUAUAAUGAAAUGUGCAAAGACUUGAAGAUAGAAAACCAAAAGGGAUGAACACGCUUACCUUUUCUCAAGCUGAAAAAGCUGAAGAAAAAUUCAGGCCUCAAGUUGCAUUAUUGAAGGAUUCUAUGGGGAAAAUAUUAAAGCAGGAAGCAUCAAAAGAAGAUGGCAGGAAUACACAAAGUCACUACCUAAAAGAAUUGGUCGACAUUCAGCCAUUUCAGGAGGUAGCAUAUGAUCAAGAGCUGAUGGUACUGAAGAAAGAAGUCCAAGCUGCACUGAAGGCAUUGGUAAAAAACAGGGAUCCAGGAAUUAAUACCAAUUGAGAUGUUUCAAUCAAUGGAUGCAGCACUGGAGGUACUUACUCAUCUAUGCUAAGAAAUUUGGAAGACAGUUACCUGGCUUGCUGACUGGAAGAGAUCCAUAUUUGUGCCCAUCCCCCAAAAACGUGAUCCAACAGAAUGGGAAAUUAUCAAAAAAUAUUAAUAUUACACAGAAAUAAAAUUUUGCUGAAGAUAAUGCAAAAAUGAUUCCAGCAGUACAUAGACAGGGAACUGCCAGAAAUUCAAUCCAGGUUCAGAAGAGG